GGGAGCUACAGCCACUGCACUCCGGGUUCGGAGAAGAGCCUGUUGGACUUGGACCUUGCUGAGGGCCCUGGCCCUACCUGCCACCAAGGCCUGUUUCUCCCUGCAGGAACUCCCCCUCCCCGGGGUCACCCCCCAGCCUGCGAGAGGUUGCUGCAUUUUCCCCACCCUCACAGGUCACCCAGAUCCCAGCCCACGUAUAUGAACGGUGGCCUCCCAGCCACACAGCACAUCAAGCAGGAGUCUCUGCCCGCUUACCAGGCCAUGGCAGAAGCACGUGCACCCCUGUCUGCCCACUGCCGGGCCCCGCCAGCUGCCGGCCUACACGCAGACCUAGACCUCCCGGGCCGAGGCCUCGCCAACCCUGCGUCUUCCUGCUACCUUCUGGGCAGCGAACCCAGCUCUGGCCUGGGUCCUCCGCCUGAAGCCCACCUCCCUGAGGGCAGCCUGAAGCACUGCUGUCUCUUGGGCCUGCCUCCCACCUCUUCGGCCUCCUCCUCCUCACCCUGUGUCUCCUCUUCUGACGUUGCCCCCAUCAGCCGCUCCUCCCAGACAGCUCUGGUCACCUGUGUAAAUGGACUCCGGAGCCCCCCUCUGCCGGGAAACCCUGGGGGCCCUCCCAAGCGGGCCCUGCCCAGCCCCCCAUGCACUGAGAGCCACGAGGGGAGUUUGCAGUUCGAAGCCUGCCGGAAGAUGGGUUUCUUGAAACAGGAGCCAGUGGACGAGUUCUCAGAGCUCUUCGGACCUCCCCAGCAUAGCCUGCCACCCCCCUACCCCCUGCCUCAGUUACCAACUGGCCCAGGCCUUGGAGGCUUGGGACUGGGCCUGGUGGGCAGGGCAGUGGCCGGGCGGCAGACGUGCCGCUGGGUGGACUGCUGUGCAGCCUACGAGCAGCAGGAGGAGCUGGUGCGGCACAUCGAGAAGAGCCACAUAGACCAGCGCAAGGGCGAGGACUUCACGUGCUUCUGGGCCGGCUGUGUGCGCCGCUACAAGCCCUUCAACGCCCGCUACAAGCUGCUCAUCCACAUGCGGGUGCACUCGGGUGAGAAGCCCAACAAGUGCAUGUUCGAAGGCUGCAGCAAAGCCUUCUCGCGGCUGGAGAACCUCAAAAUCCACCUGCGAAGCCACACGGGUGAGAAGCCGUACCUGUGCCAGCACCCCGGCUGUCAGAAGGCCUUCAGCAACUCCAGCGACCGCGCCAAGCACCAGCGCACCCACCUCGACACGAAGCCAUACGCCUGUCAGAUCCCCGGCUGCUCCAAGCGCUACACAGACCCCAGCUCCCUGCGCAAGCACGUGAAGGCCCACUCAGCCAAAGAGCAGCAGGUGCGUAAGAAGGUGCACGUGUGCCCCGAUCCCGAGGCCGACGUCCUGACCGAGUGCCUGGCCCUGCAUCAGCUCCAUGCGUCCACACAGCUGGCUGCCAGUGACGGGAAGGGCGGCUGUGCCCUGGGCCAGGAGCUGCUCCCAGGCGUGUAUCCUGGCUCCGUCGCCCCCCAUAACGGGCUGGCAUCAGGCAUCCUGCCCCCCACACACGAUGUCCCUUCCGGGCACCACCCACUGGAGGCCAGCACCGGUUCCCACCACCAUCUGUCCCCUCUGCCCACCGCUGAGAGAACCAGGGACGGGUUGGGGCCCGGCCUCCUCUCACCCAUGGUCAGCCCACUGAAGGGGCUCGGGCCACCGCCACUGCCUGCAUCCUCCCAGAGCCACUCUCCAGGGGGCCAGCCCUUCUCCAUGCUCCCCAACAAGCCGUCCUACCCGCCCUUCCAGAGCCCCCCACCCCCUCCUCUGCCCAGCCCCCAAGGCUACCAGGGCAGCUUCCACUCCAUCCAGAACUGCUUCUCCUAUGGCGACUGCUACCGGACAGCUGGACCCACAGCUAGCAGUGACGGACUGGCUGGGGAGGCCCACGGGUUCAACCCACUGCGGCCCAACGGCUACCACAGCCUCAGCGCCCCUAUACCUGCCGCAGGCUACGAGGCCCUGGCAGAGGCACCGUGCCCCCCAGCAUUGCCACCACAGCCAUCUGAAGACGUGGUGUCCAGUGGCCCCGAGGACUGUGGCUUCUUCCCCAAUGGGGCCUUCGACCACUGCCUGAGUCACAUCCCCUCCAUCUACACGGACACCUGAAGGUGGCCCCGCAUUGCCUGCACAUCGCAGACAUGGCACUUAGCCCAUCUGCCACCCGCUCCCACCCUCCGCGCUCCAGAGCAGCCGGGCUGCAGACGCGGGGUGCAGUGGGGGUGCAGAGGCCGCCCAGCAGCAGCUGGGAGCGAGUGCAGAGUGCCCACCGGACCCGUGACCUGUGACAUUCCCUUGCUGUCUUCCCGUUUCUCAGCCCCGUGGUUUCAGAAUCACAGACCUCGUGUAUAUAAAAUGUACAGACUUGUUUCCCAUUCC